CCAUGUCAUUCACUUGUGGAUGCAAUUCUACCGAGCAACCAAAGGAACCUCAGUUCAAGAAGUCAAAGUAUUUUGAAGAUAUUGCUGCUAGUUUUGCCAUCAACACCAAAUACCAGACCCUUUCUGCUCAUUAUUCUUGGCUGGUCGAAGCACGCCGGGACAUCCCUAAAAAUGCCGUCAUUGAAGCCGAGCUACAUAAUCCUGCAGAUUUUGCGAAUCCGAUAAAAGUCAAUGCAAUUGAACUUCAAGCUCAGGAUGGUGAAUCGCCAUGGCCGAGCCGUCGGUUUUAUGUGCUUUCCCCACGACUCGAGACCCUUAAUUGUGGGCUGCACCCAGUAAAGUUGACUGUUUACAAGGAUGAGUCUAAAAAGUCUGUUCUAGGGACCCACGAAAACGCCAUUCUCUCAAGGAUUAACACUCAAUACUGCAUGAAGGAUGAAUUCUUGACGAAGAUGAAGGAAGUUGCCAAAACUGCAGAGUCGAAAUCAUUCAAGGCGGAUGGUUCUUCCAUUCAGAGUUCUACGGGAUCAUAGCUUGUACUUUCCCCUUCGUUUCUCAGCUAUGAUAAUGAUUUCAGAGAUAUUGGCAAACAAAUUACAAGGAUCUAAGCAUUACUGUUUGUUCUUUUGUUUAGUCAUCCAUAGCGGAGAACGAGAUGAUAUUGUCCAAAUUUCAAAUUCAACAGCAGGGUCGUCAAGUAUUAAUGUUGAGAUGCACUCUGUCUCAAUCUCAGCUUCAGUCAGUGGACGAUAAGGAGAUA